UUUUUUAGAUUUAUGGAUAAAACUUCCUGUGAAAAUAUUUUUUUAUUUGUUUUCAGUCAGGCUCAUCCACAAUUUAGACGAGCAGAGUUUGAAAGUGUAUGUUUGCUUUUUGGGAUUCAGCCAGUGCCUAAUUUUACCCCGGACGAGCCUUUUAAUGAUCCAGCGCAGUCAUGGUGUCUCCAAGUUCGUUCACAUUUGCGAAAAAGCGACGUCGUCUACACCCAGUCUUUGAUCCAGCGUUAUGGCUCUUUCAUGGGUCUAACUCAGGCGCCCAUCGAUUUGAAAAAUGCCCAUAAUAUCUUCACUAUUUUCGAAAUUGGCAUUAAUUAUAAUGAUGAAGUAAAUCAGAAAUCUGAUCGAAUUCUUUUUACAAAAUUUACUGGUUUGAAAAAUAAGUUCGCGCUUAUGUCAAGAAAUUACAUUGGAAAUUCUACUAUGGAUCCUGAACUUGCUUUCAUACAAGCAAAUUUAGUUUUGUCUAGUCCGGGGAGUCUUCUGAUCGAUCCAUUUUGCGGGACUGGCGGUAUUUUAUUAUCAGCAGCUUAUUUCUGUUCUCAUGUGCUUGGAGUGGAGAUUAAAUGGGAUGUAGCCAAAGCAAAGGGUUUUCUUGGAAGCGGGCAAUCAGUAAAAGCAAAUUUUUCACAAUAUGGUUUGAAUGAUGGCCGUUAUUUGGGUGUUAUCUUAGCCGAUUCGUCAAAACAUAAAAUGUGGCGACAUUUUGGGUUUUUUGAUGCUAUUCUUGCAGAUCGUGACAAUUUUAUAAGAUAUUUAUUUUAUAAAAUAUAUUUAGCUCCAUACGGAAUUAGGGAGCGUGGACAAAAAUUGGGUGUUAGACAGUGGAAAAGAAAAAUGGAAACAGAAAUAAAACAAAUGGAAGACAAAAAUUGGUUAGCUGAUUAUUUUUUUAUUUAUACUUUAUUUAAUAGCCAAGAAAAUCAGCAAAAGCAACAACACAGAAAUUAUCCAGAAAAACAACAAUAUCAAAUUUCUUCAGUAUUUUUGGAUCUUAUGGAUUUAGGUGUUCGAUUAUUACGUAUUGGUGGUCGGUUGGCCUUUUGGUUUCCAGUGUGUAGAUCAGAGUAUUCAGAGAAAAUUUUGCCCAGAUCCGACUGCCUACGAUUGGUCUACAAUUGUGAACAACCGUUACAAACGAAUACAGCAAGGCGGUUACUUGUUUAUGAAAAAAUAAAACAUUCUUUGGUCUCGGAAAAUGAUGUAUUGCUCAAGAAGGCUUAUGUUAUUGAUAAUUGUUACAGCAGAGAAUCUUUUCGUGAAAAAAUAUUUAAAAAUUCUAGUUAGA